CGGUGCUCCGCCGGCCCUUGCCGAGCGUGGUGGGAGGAAUGUCGGUGCCAUCGGCGCCAACCCGGACAGUCCACGCCUUUGGUGCCACCGGAGGACCUCAGUGCACCCACACAUUUUCACAUACAACAAACAUCAUACAACAACAUACUCUCUCGCCACGCUCGUAUACUACAGAAGAACACCUUACUUACCCUCACUAGCAUUUACAACAUCAACAAAAGAGAACAUUGGCAAACACACUCAAUUUAUACUCAGACUGAAGAAGUUUUCGUUCAUAUAGCAUAAAUAUCGCACACGCACCCGAAUAUUCGACAAGCAGCGCUGAUACCAUAUACUCGCGAAAAGUUGCACCUCCACCAUUAAAUCACAAGAAGCAGACACGACAAGACAGUCAAAUGAUAUAAUUCGAGAAGCGUAACACGCGGCAGCCGUGGAGGUGGUAGUUGGUACUCAUUAAAAUUAAACAUUUAAUGAAUUUGAUAACGUUGAUGUCUUGGACUGAGACCGUAAGUGUUAUUAAAUUAUGUGCGUUCGGACGAUGAGGAUGAGGCAUUACUGUUAUUAUGGCAUGCCACCAGGAUGUAGCGCAUAAGUGGGAGUGGUGGGAGAUGCAGGUAACGGCAACAGAAGUAGAAGCAGAAGCAGCAGCCGAAGAGAGCAGCGAUUCGUCGUCGUCUUCGUCUUCGUGACAAGAUGAACGAGUCGACGUCGAACGUGACCAUACCCGAGCCUACGUACAGCAUAACCGAGGUGGUUCUGAUCGGAGCCGUCGCUUGCAUACUCUCCGUGGUAACCGUAGUUGGGAACAUCAUGGUCAUGAUCUCGUUCAAGAUCGACAAGCAGCUGCAGACGAUCAGCAACUACUUCCUCUUCUCCCUGGCCAUCGCCGACUUUGCCAUCGGCCUCAUCUCCAUGCCCCUCUUCACCGUCUACACCCUCCUAGGAUUCUGGCCGCUCGGUCCCAUAGUGUGCGACACGUGGCUCGCUCUCGAUUAUCUGGCCAGCAACGCUUCCGUUCUCAAUCUGCUCAUCAUCAGUUUCGACCGUUACUUCUCAGUCACUAGACCGCUCACCUACAGGGCCAAGAGAAGCACUAGUAAAGCGGCAAUCAUGAUUGGUGGAGCGUGGGGCACAAGUCUUUUGCUAUGGCCACCCUGGAUCUACAGUUGGCCUUACAUCGAGGGCCAGCGGACGGUUCCGGAUAAGGAAUGUUACAUCCAGUUCAUCGAAACCAACCACUAUAUUACCUUCGGGACUGCAAUCGCCGCCUUCUAUGUGCCUGUCACCGUAAUGUGUGUCCUCUACUGGCGGAUCUGGCGUGAGACAGAAAAGAGGCAAAAAGAUUUACCGAAUCUGCAGGCCGGCAAGAAGGAUAGCAGCAAGAGGAGCAACUCCAGUAUGUUUGUGUGCAGUGACGAGGCCAACAACGCGUGUUCGACGGUGGACUUAGAGGACUGGAAGAGGCCCCGAUCCGAGUCCUCGACGGGGGCGGACAACGACUCUGUUUACAUGCACAGCUCGGUCUGUGUGGAGCACCAAAGGCGGCGAACUUGUGUUUUAGCAAAAAUUUCAGCGCAUUAUCAUCGUCGUGGGUGGUUUUCGGGUAUAAACAGAAUAAGAACGUGGUGCGUAGCGUGGUGGCAUUCGGGGAGGGAAGACAGCGAUACCGAGGAAGAAAGUCCCAGUGAACAGGGUCAGGGCUGCAUCACUCCCAUUUCGCUGGACACACCAUUGCAGAGCUCCGUUUCGCGUUGCACCUCGUUGAAUGUCAUAAGGGAUUCGUAUGCGGUGGGACAGCAGGGCCAAAUGAAUAUGACCCCAAUUAGGAUGGGGCCCAGGGAUACGCGAAGCUUGCCAGUGACGAAUAAACUUGGGGGUAGGUCGUGUUCGAACGACAGCGUUUACACUAUCUUAAUCCGACUGCCCGGAGAAUCGAACGACGGUCCCAGUUGCACAGAAGCACCCUCCAUCAAGAUGAUACCAGAGGACGCGCUUAAACCUGCACCCAGGCCGCACACCGAGGACUAUCUGUCCUCGGCUAACUCGAACCAUCUGAACAGGAGGCCAUCCGCGAUGCCCGACAUCAGAAUCCCGUUGAACGCGAAGAUCAUCCCCAAGCAGGUGCCCGGGAAAACGUUGCUUGCGAACGCGACCAAGAACCAGGGCAAGAAGAAGAAGAAAACUCAGGAGAAGAAGCAGGACAGGAAAGCAGCGAAAACGCUCUCCGCCAUUCUGCUCACAUUCAUAAUAACCUGGACCCCGUACAACAUCCUCGUUCUCCUCAAGCCAGUCACGGCCAGCAACAAGAUUCCUCCGCAACUCUGGGACUUCUUCUACUAUCUAUGCUACAUUAACUCAACAAUAAACCCGAUGUGCUAUGCCCUUUGCAACGCUAGUUUCCGCAGAACAUACCUGCGGAUCCUCAAGUGCAAAUGGAACAGUCGCAACAAGAGCAACAGAGGCUACUAUACUAACUGAUGAUGAAUCUGCAUCAAGACGGAAACAAAGUUGAAAAAGUUUUUCUACAAUUUUACCGCUCAAGAACGAAGGUGCGAUGCUCGAAAGAUCCCCUUCGUUCGGCAAAGAAAAGAAAGAUUGAAGGAGGAACAGAAAAUAAUAUUUAUUUAACAAAAAAAAUACAUGAAAAUAUAUAGAGGCUGUGUGUUAGUAUUUUUAGUCCUAAUUGUCGUGGCAAGACCAAAAUGAAAACAACCCAGAAAUUAAGUAAAAUAUAUAUAUAUAAAUAUACAUAUAUAACGCUGUACAAAUCUGGUCUGGAGCUUUGUAGCGCCUCAGUGUCUAGCAAAAGAAAAAAAGAAAAUAAUAAGAGAGAAAGUGAAAAGUUACUUUAAAAGCAAUAAUAAUUGAAGAAGCAAAAUAAAACCAGAAAAAAAAAACUACAACUAAAGCGACCAAAGAAAAAAAAUAAAAAAUGAAAGAGAAUUUAAGAAUUAAACGAGAAAGAGCAGCUUCAAUUUGUACAGGUAACAGGAAGACGGAGAAGAGAGAAUAUUUGACAAUCUUUAUAUCAUCUCGAUGUUAAUUACAUACCAAUUGUUUUUGUUUUUUCGUAUGUAAAUAUUAUUUACGUUUCGUAUUGCAUUCCCGUUCUGUAAAAAUGGAUGAAUUAAUUAUAAAAUCAGGAUGUGUGUGUGUUGAGGUGAUGCGUCGAAGGUAACGUCACUGUUUUGUUAAUUAAACAAGAUUAUUUAUCAGCAUAUCCAAAGAGAAAUAAUUAAUUUCCAGAAAAUACAAACAAAUAAUGGAGAAUACAAGAGAUUA